AUGGCUUGUCUUAUUAAGGCAAGAGACUUCUCUACCCUGCUUAACCUUCGAGUGCUUUGCUUAAAUGAAGGUUUUGAUAACUUUGAAAUGAGAUAUGUGGGUGGACUGUGGGUGCUAAUUGAAUUUACUUCUACUAAGGCAUGUAAAUUUUUUAUGGAAAGUAAUGCAAUGGACCAUUGGUUACUAGAAAAGAGAGCAUGGGAUCGAUACUUUGCUCCUUUGGAACGAAAAGUGUGGGUCGACGUUGAAGGCUUACCUCUUUCUGUUUGGAGUAAAGAAUCUUUCAGAAAAAUCAUUUCUAAGUGGGGAACAAUCGUUCAUUUAGAUGAUAAUCUCGGUGAAGAUAUAUACAAGAACAUGAUUUGUAUUCUGUCAUCUUUUCAAACUAUUAUCUCAGAUGUGAUCAAAGUACGUGUUGAAGGGGUUACAUAUUCGAUUAGAGUUAAAGAAGCUCCGGGAUGGACACCCUCUUUUGUCCAUGACUUUCCUGCCCCCGAAUUGAAUGAAAGCGAAUUACCAGACCAAGAUCAAAAUGAAGGACAGUCGCAUUAUUUUGAUGGGAACGAGGAUAUAUCAUCGGACCCAUUUGGUAUCUAUGAUGUAAUUGAAAAUAUGAAAAUGGAUGAAUUGAAUAAUGAUAUUUCUAAAAGAUUUAACUGUUGGGGUAAUGGCAAAAAGAACAAAGAUAUUAAUGAUAGUCCACAAGGGAAAAAUGGACACUCAUCAACAGAAAAUUUCUUCUAUUCUUCACCACCUAAUCAUAAAUCUGCCGGAAAUACCCCCGCUGUUUCACACCCAUGCUCAGCUACCAGAUCAGCCCCUGCUACUCCAGUUAUUUCAACAACAGCUCCUGUUGCUUCUUCCGAGAAUUCCUUAGCAAAUGAUUGGCAUUCAAUCUUCGGAUAA